AUGGCAGCUAUGCUUGUUGCUUGCAGUGGUCUAGGGAGGAAAAAGUUGACAGGCUUGGUAACAGCUGCUGUCUGUCUCCCACGUACGGGCACUCACAUAGUGCUAUGGAGUAGAGGCUGUUCACAGUAUAAACAGGUAACCAGCAAUGAGGACAUGCCUGCCUUUGUGGGAAGAAUCAGAAAGAAAUUAUAA